CUGUGGUUUUUUUUUUAUUUUUGUGUGUGUUGCAAAUGGCAUGUCCUGUAGAGAUGUCAAGAGGAGGCACCGAGGCGAGGUUUUGUUUUCGUGUUGGGAGAGGGACCAAUUACUUUGUGUUGACAGCUGAAAAGUUCAGGAAAUAGUGGCUAGGGUUUUUUUUUUUUGUUGUUUUUUUUUUCACAGUAUAAGCAUUGAAAUCUUCCAUCUACGGCUAUCUGUCAUCUUGUUGUUACCCCUUUUGUUCACUUUCUUUGUGUUUAAAAUGAGAUGUUUACCUGGGGAAGGCCCUCAUAUCAGGAGCGCCUCCUGUUGUAGCCCACUGUUGUGGUUCUAUAUUUUCCGCUGAGCAGCUCGGGUUGGUUGAGACGCGCUUAACUCUAUACAACUGCAAAUAUAAAGAAUCGACUUUGACAGUGAACAUGCACCAAAGGUACGGUAUGAUCUCUUGUUGUGAGUUAGAUCCCGACAGUAAAAGUUAAUUUCAAUGUGACAAUCCCUGUGUUGCAUGACAGCUAAAUAUAAAACUGCCUCUUGAUCCUCCACAGGUCUUUUCAACAGUCCUUCUGUUCAGCUUCAGUGAGCACAGUUGGUCGUCGAUCACACGGAAGGAUGUUCUUCGUGGCAGGUGCCAAAAACGCAGGCGGGUCAGCCAGAGGGAAUGAACGGGGCAAUAGGUCAAUCUACCAGAAGUUCCGUGAGGUCGAUUUAUUGGACAAGAAGAAGACAGUAACAGCUCUAAAGCCCGGUGAGGAUCGAGCCAUUCUCCUCGGUCUUGGGAUGAUCCUGGCGUCUGUCAUGAUGUACUUUGUGCUGGGGAUAACUAUAUUACGCUCCUACGCAGACAGUGUUUGGACAGAGGAGAGUGUUUGUGUCGUGCACAACGCCACGGUCACAGCAGACAUGAACUGUACAUACAACUGUGGCUCAGACUGCUGGAGAAUCUCCAAAUACCCUUGUCUGCAGGUCUAUGUGAGCGUCAACAACACGGGCCGCCUCUGUCGGCUAUCUCACAACGAGGAGACGCAGGACGCCAGCUCUGAAUGUUUUUACGUGCCCAGGUGCCAGAAGGACAGCACGGUAAUGCACACUAUGAUCAUGAACAUCUCGGAGCAUCUAAAAGUAAACCAGCAGAUCCAGUGUUAUUAUGACCCCAGCCAGCAGCACGAGGCUGUUCUCCUGACCCGGCUAUAUGACCAACGCGUGGUCCUCCACUCGUUGCUCUGGCCUUCCUGCAUGAUCACGGGAGGGGCCCUCAUCAUCGUGAUGGUGAAGCUCACGCAGUACCUCUCCAGGCUGUGUGAAGAAAUAGGGAAGAUCAAGAGGUGAACUGCGUUCUCCAGCCUAACCUGUGUUGGUUCGGUGGUGGACAGAUGGAAUGGACAGGUAUUUUUCCAAACUCGACAGCUUUACUGUGAUCUCUGCAAAAUGUUUUCUGACGUCGCUACAGCUGGAACAAUUGGCUGGCCAGCUACCGACGACAGACGAAGAGGAUGUGACUGUUUACAAAUGUCUUAAAUGUUGUUCUGGGACACGUGAACAGAUGUAUUGGUUCUUGUAGGGGUUUAAGGUUUUAUAAAAUGAACUGAUAGUGUGUUAACAAGAGUUUGUAUUUAACCUGUUAUCUUUUGUACAGUGCAUUGAAGAAAAGAACUUGUUGAUAUUGAUAUGAUGUUAUCAGUGUGUAUAUUUGACAGGGCAAACCCAGCUCUAAGGAAUAGCCAACAGUGCUCAAAUAGCUUGAAAUAAAUGCAGGAAAGGUAGCCAUGUAGAUAUUCUAACACAAUUAAAAAUGUUUGGCCUUAAAAUAAAUUUUUUUAAACAUAAAUACAUUGCCAAAUAUAGCUAUAUACACAGAUCUAAUCCAAAAGAAAAUAACUCAUAUUUAGACAAGCUAAGGUUUAGCUCGGGAAUGGGUAAAGUUUGGUCAGAUUUUCCAGGAAAAGAAUUAAAUGAUUUUUAUUUGCAUAAGAAAUUUGUAAAAUAAAUAAAUAAAUAAAUAAAGUAAAGGUCAUGCUAAAAAAGCAAUAGCUAAAUGUAAUACAACAAUUACCACAACACUGUCUUCAAUUUGCAAAUGAAUGUCAGAUACUUAGGCCAGCUAAAAUAAAAGGUAGAUGUAAAUGUGAAGAUUGCCAAAAGUGCAAAUCAGCCUUAAAUAAUACUGCACAAAUUGCCCUGCAAAAUGUUGAUGCUGAUAGUUAGAAAAAGUACAUUUGUAUUAGUGAAAUUACUAUUGUAUGAUUGAAGAAGGUUUGUGGUACUUUUUGAAAUGUUUUGGUGAUUUAUUAUUUCUGAUGGGAUAUGACCAAAAACUGUGCAAUUAAACAGAGUUUGUCUUUUUUUAAAAAAAACUUUAAAUCCAAGUAAAAAAGGUAAACUUUUAUCCUAUAGGAUUAUCCACUGAGGCCUCCACACAUGAUUGUUAGUAAGAUGAAAACAACUGCUCUGCUACAGUCUAAUGUCUGUGUUCUCAUACUAAGACAAUAACUUGUCGGUUAUGU